UACAAAAGGGCAUUUGGCGGUCCGCUGCUGAGAUGCUUGACCAGGGCGGAGGCGGAAAGAGUGAUCGCCGAAGUUCAUGAGGGUGUCUGUGCAGCCCACCAAAUGUCCAGGACACUCGCACAAAGGAUCAUCUUGCUAGGUUAUUUCUGGCCUACAAUGAACCAAGAUUGUGAGAAGUAUGUGCAAAGGUGCAAGACUUUCCAGGUGUUCUACAAGUUUCCGGGAAGGCCUGCGACAUACUCCCACCCAGUUUCCAAUGUUAUUCCAUUCGCAAGAUUUGGGAUGGACAUCAUUGGAGCCUUCCCCCAAGCACAAGGGAGGAAGAAGUAUGUCAUGGUUGCUAUCGACUACUUCACAAAAUGGGUAGAGGCCGAAGCAUAUGCAACCAUCACAACCAAGAAGUGCCAGCGCUUCGUCUGGAAGAAUAUAAUCACCAGGUUCGGGUCUCCUCGAAACAUUGUGACGGACAACGGGCCUCAAUUUUGGAAUCCAGGGUUCACCAAAUACUUGGAGGACUUCGGGAUUACUCACAACAAGGCUUUCGUGGCCUACCCGCAAGGGAAUGGUCAAGUGGAGAAUGCGAACCGCACAAUAGUCGACGGGAUUAAAAAGCGGUUGGGUGAGGCAGGAACAAAUUGGCUAGAGGAGUUGCCACAUAUCAUCUGGGCUUACCGAGUCACUUCGAGAAGAGCCACCAGGGAGACACCUUUCGUCAUUACCUAUGGAUGUGAGGCCAGACUACCCAUUGAAGCAAAGAUAAUGACCUUCCGGGAAAAGAUCUAUGAGGAGAAAGGGAAUGAGGAGGACCAUUUGGCAGAGUUGAACUUGUUGGAGGAAAGGCGGAUGGUCGCUGAGGCUAAAAUGAUAGAGUACCAGCAAGCAGCCAAGGCCUACCAUGAUAACAGGGUAGGGCCUCGUUAUUUCCAAGUCGGUGAUGAGGUCUUGAGACGAAGGGAGGCCAGCAAACCGAGUGAUGGUGGAAAGCUUGCGAAAAAAUGGGAAGGUCCAUAUAGGGUCAAGGCAAUAUUACGCCCUGGGACAUACAAGUUAGAAACAAUGGAAGGUCGAGAGUUGGAAAGGAUCACCCUUGAGAAGUUUCUCGCAGGCAUCUUCAAGCUCAGGGGUAGGCUCCGGGUAAACCCUUUCAGGUUUUAUUACCCGGUCAGCCCACUCAGGGUUAGUGAAAGGAAAUUGGUCAGAGGGAAACUCAAUAAAAACGAAUCUUUGUUUCCAUCUCUUAUGGCUGGGGGGAAGACCGGUCACAAACCCCCUCUUAUUGCGGGAAUGGAAAUAGACGAAGCCCGGGCAGUUACUAGUCCCGGGCAAGACUUCGUACAUGUGGAGAAAAAGCUCAAGGGAAGGGUCGAUUUUCAAAUUUUCACAUAUAUUUACAAAACAAUUCAAAAACCGGUGAGCAUUUGGAGUAAGCUGGCCGGGAAGAAUCUUGAACUUGUUACAGAUUUCUACGAGGAGGAGGCGGAGAGGAAAAAUAAUACCUCCCUCCAGAGACGCAAUAUGGAAACCCAACCGGGUUCCCUGGUGGGGUUCAAUGAUGUUGGGCCAGGUGGUUGUGGAAAGGACUUUGUAGCCCGGUGGGAGGAUGGUACGGACCUCGGCCAGAACCUUUUUGGUAACCCUAGAGGAAUCUUUGAAUACCGGUCUAACAUCAAGGGCUAGGAAGCCCAAAGAUCCCAGUCGUUCUUCCCAUUGCUCCCAGCUGAGGACCUUGGGAUUGAAUCGACCGGGCAGUUGGUUCAAAGGAACAGGCUCCUGGGCAACUAUUUCCUGGGCCUGGGAGCUAGGUUGGUGAGAGGGGCGGCGAAUCAAAGGAGUGACAGGGG